AUGGACGUGAAGAAGAGUAAAAAGAAACCCGAAUUGAAUGAACAGUUGUUUGUCGGGAAUUACAUUGAUGUUUUCCAUCAAGGAAGCAAAUAACAUAAGUUGGCGUACAUUUUGUCGAAAAGUGAAAAAGAAAUUGAGAUCACAUAUGAUGGCAUAUCUAGGAAGGAUAAUGAGAUAAUCAAGUUAUCACAAAAUAAGAUCAAUUUUGCUCGAAGGUUCACCAUAAACUACACUGGAGAUGAUUUCCGAUAAAGCAAGACUUCACGUGAUUACCUAAAAUAUUCAAGAGACGAAUGCGACAAAUACAUCAAGGAACUAAAUUCCAUCAUGUAAAAUAAUUUUCAAGGUCUCUCGCCAAUCGAAAUAUGCUUAUCUGUCCGUGUGAGACAAUUUAUUUGGUUGGACAUGGUGCUCUCUAGCGAAUUUCCAUCAAAAGAAUUGGCUACACCAUUGGAAUACAUUAAAACUUAUUUCAACUUCAUUAAGUGGUAUUUCGAGCAGUUCCCUAAGUACUUUGCAGAUUAUAUGAGACUCCAAAACAACUAAGAAUUAUACAUCCUUGAUGAACGAGCCUCUAUAGCAGCUUGUCUUACCGAAGUGUGCGAAGCCUUCUGCAUGCUCUUUGGUUCCAUUUGGAGAGUGUUGAAGCAAGAAAACUCCUUCUUCUAUCUAAACUAUGACAAUCUGUAAUCGUAAUUGGAAAAAGUCUUUCCUGCACCAAACUUUUAGAAUUUUACUACCAAUCACAACAUUGAUGACUGGAAUCUCUACCAAGGAGCAACAGAUAUAGUGAAAUGUAUCAAGAAGACUUGGCCUUUUUAUUUGAGAACUAUGUCAUACUUCAAAUAAAUAGGAGGACUUCAAGCAUGGGAAGGAUUGUUAAAAUUCUAGGACAAUGCUGAAUAUAAUUAUAUUCCUCUUAAAGCCAUGCAAAGAAUUGUACUAACAUAAAAAUAUUUGUCCUAAUAUUUCCAAUCGUCUGAAUAGGCUUAAAUGGCUAAAAGGACAUUUGAAUGGCUAUAAAAUAGGGUCAAUAACAUGUCUGUUUAAGAUAUAAAAGACACAGACAUUGAUUAAGUCAAAGACCUCACUUCAGAUCAUUAAUACUAUUUUCAAAAGGGUUUCACAGAAGAUCAAUUAAAUAGAUUGACUGAUGAGAUUUAAUUAUAGUUGUCUCUUAAAUUUUUGAAAUCCUCCUUUUUGGAAAAGAGAGUGAAAGGCAUAAGUGAGAUUAAAGAUUUCACAGAGAAGCUAAAAUUUGAUUAGUAAACUAACUUAAAAUUCAGGAGUUCAAUCAGUAAGGAUGAUUUAAUCAAGUGGAUUUAAUAAAAUAAAAUUCUAGAUUAAACAUUGCUGGGAGACUCAGUGCAUCCAGAAUUGAUUAAAAGAUCAAGUGAUGUGGCAGUUUUUUUAUGUCGAAAUUAAGCAUUUGAAGUAGAUUACAUUGAUAAAAUAUGGACCAAUAAUUAUGAUAAACAUGAAACUACGCAAUUAGCAUUGUACGAAUUCUUCAAGACUGUUUCUCCAUAUUUGAGCUUUCAAGGGAUCGAAAAACUAUACAAUCAUAUAUCUGCUAUUCCCUACUCUAAAUAUAAUGAAAAUAUUGUAAGCAUGAUCAAAACAUUCACUGAAUCUGCAUUAUCUUAAAGGUUUCAUGAACAACAAUUGUCACUGAGCCCAGAGAAGAGAUUUAUGACUUUUAAUCAGCUCUGGGAGUUAUUACAAGAUAGGGAUGAUCAAUUAACAAAUAGUGUUAUUCAAGAGCAGUGUUUUUAAGCAGCCAGAAAUAUCAUCUCUUAAAUUCCCUAGACUAAACAAUUCAUUUCUUGCUAUUUUGGCAAGUGUUUUGAAUUGAUUGGUAGCCAUAAAUCAGUUUAUUAGGCCAUUAGUUUUGUACAUUACUUCCUCGAUAAAUAAUUCAAAGAUGAUUUCAAUGGCAAAAGAGAACUCAUUCAAUCCACUGAUGAUAAGUAUAAUAUUAUUGAACUCUUCGUAUAAGAUAUAGAAGUCUACAUGGAAAAGGUGAGAUAAUACUUUAAAAAUGAUAUUCCCCAAGACAUCAUCCUUUAUGGAGUCCAAAAGUUGAGCUAAAAUGUCUUCUUUAGAUUAUAAAUGUUAAACUAUCUACUUUAAUAAAAUCACCUUAAGAUUACUUAUGAAUAAAGUGUAAGACUUUGGGAUACUUUAUCUUCCAAAACUAAAGGCGGCAUCUAAAAGAAGGAAUUGAAUAAGAUUCUAAUAACUAAUUACUAAAUGGAUACAAAUUAAUUUAGAAUUUGCCCAAUCUACUUCGAUAAAGAGGGUGAAUAGAAAUUCUUCAAUAUAUGUCUUAUGCAAUCCAGACAGAAAUGA